GGCUUGUUUUAGAGGCGGGAAAUCGAAGCACAAAAGAGUAGAGUACGCGACUUCACAGACAGAGAGGGAGAGAAUGGGGAGAGGGGCCUCGAUUGAGCACCUGCAGAGCCUACUUGAAGAGAUUAAAUCAGCAGACAUUAAAUUGAAAACUUCUCGUUUGGGGGAACUGUUUUGGGAUGCUUAAGCCCAUACAUUCAUUAGCUGAGUUUUUGUUGAUAUGAUGUGUUAUCUUGCUGAGAAUUUGCUUAUCUACUGUUGCGAGACAUGCACGAAUCUUCCAUUCUGUAACCAUCGAAAACAAAAGGUUGUUGAGAGCCGUGCUCAACUGAUAGCCAAACUCGGUGAUUUCGAUCUUCCUGAAGAAUUUGGUUUUCCUUCUCUUAUCGAGUACCUUACAACAUUUUGGGAAGACUUUACUUGCUUGGAUGUGUCCCAGUGCAUGGUAAACAAAACUAUAUUGAGUGUUGCUGCAAAAUAUGUAGAUUCAGACCUAUCUGCCUGCUUACCACAAUUUCUCGCCCUAGCCACAAAGGCAAGCAUGUGGUGUGGAAAGCACCUGAAGAUGACUCUUAUGUCAAGUGAGGAGUCUCAAGAAGAAGAACAUUGCAACCUCUUUUUCCAGCUGCUUUUGGAUCUUUUGAGCCUCGCUGCAGCUACUAUUUUUUCUCUGUCAAAAUACCCUGUUCAAGGUGACAUUGUAGAGAGAUUCAUAUUGGAACAGAUAAAUUUUACGAAAGAUGUUAUAUCAGAGACUAAGGUACUUGUCUUUGGAUUUCAUUAUGGAUCUUUUGGUCCUGAGGCAAUUACUUGUUGUUUUUUUAUUGUUAAACUAUGCAUUUUGUAUCUUAGUUAUUUGAACAUGAUAUUGGAACAGAUAAAUUUAACGAAAGAUGUUGUAUCAGAGACUAAGAGAAUCAGUUCAUUUGGCUCAGAAGUCAUAAAGGUUGUACAAGCUGUGCUUGACGGUGUGAUAAGGCUGUGCAAAGAGUAUUGCCAAGCUGUGAAUUGGAGUUUAUGUGAUGCAAAACUUGGGAAAGGUGAAGACAAUGUAGGCUGUGAAGAGGCCAAUCUUACGCAUCAUGUUAUAAAUCUGACAAAAGGCACGAUAGAGAAAUUAUGUGAAUUGGGCGUUAUUGCAGCAAGGGAUGGUGGAAGCCUGGUAACUAUUCUUAAUGUGUCGUGGAAAGGUGUGGUUUCCUUGCUUCAGCUUGGUGAGGGGGCAUUAGCCGUCAAGGUGAACAUUGCAGAUAUUAUUGUAGCUCUUAUUUCACUGAUUAAUGAGCCUCUCAGAUGUGCGGCUGAGGCAUGGUCUUCACCUCUGAAGGAAAUCAUUUCUGUGACUGAGGCUAGAAGGACAUUUCUUCCAGUGAAGUUUUACCUCGUAAAUGCAGUGAAAAUAUGUUCACUAAAUCCAUUCCAAGCUUAUCAAGUAUACAAGGAAAUUAAUCUCUGUGUCCUAACUAUCUCAACCUUUAGAAUUUUACUAAGCCAUGAUCAAAUGUUGAAAAGUGCUAUUGAAGUUUUUGCUGAACUAUUGGAGAAGACAUCCUUGGAUAUACUGAGUUCUAUAUUGAAUUCCCAGCAAAUUAAACAGGAGCUUAAGUUUGAACUUCUUGAAUGCUUAUUCAGUAAUGAAUGCUGCUCAACUUCUAUACAUGUAAAACCUGGUAGAAAUUAUACUGGAAGUUCAAUGAAUGAGGUCUUGUUCAUUGGUUCUGAAAAUAUGUCGGGGGCUAGAAUAUUGAUGCUUGGUCGGGUUGCAUUAUUCCUUAGCUUCCUGAGAUAUUCUAUGGAUUUUGAAGAUGAUGUGAAGGGUUGGAUCACCAGAAAACUUGGAUGGUUGUUUGAUAUACUAAUUGAAGAAGAGAUAUAUUCUUCCAUACUUGUCAUGAAGAUUCCUGUUUUACAUAACAGUGGGAAAGCGGUAGAAUGCGAUUGGCAACCAAUGCUUUCUGCUUUAUUGCUCGCACUUAAAACCUUUAUGAUUGUGGCCACUUCAACUUUUGCUUGGUUGGAGCUGGAAGCUUUCCUGCUCGAGAAUCUCUUCCAUCCACACUUCCUUUGCUGGGAGAUUGUGAUGGAACUUUGGUGCUUCUUGUUUCGUCAUGCUGAAAUUAACUUAAUGCGUGACAUUCUUGAUAAAUUUUGCUCAUUAAUGACGCUAGUGGCGUCAGAAUCAUUUGUCCUCCCCAGUUCUCUUCUGAGAAAAAUGGCAAGGUCAAUCUGCAUGCUUCUAAAUAAUGGCACACCAACCAUGGUGGAUUUUGUUUAUAAUUAUGUUGUUGGCAAUGACAGAUCUCAGUUGUCAUCAGGUAUGUUUGUCGCCUUGCUAUUCGAAGGCUUUCCACUGAACUCCCUAUCAGAAGACAUAAGAAGUGUUGCUAAACAUAAAAUAAUUAAAGAGUACAUUGGGUUUAUAGACAUUUUCGAUGACAAAUUGUUGAGCACUUGCGACUCUGAAUUCGUUGCAGUUCCAGUUUUUGCAGUAUCUGCUUCUUUGCAGUCAAUGCAGGACAGCACAUCUGUUAUUGGCUUGAAAACCCUGAAGUUUUUAGUUGUCAUUAUCCGUAAUUAUCGAAGUUUUCCAGAGAAACCAAUGAAGGACGUCUAUUAUAAGCUGUUCAGUGAAAUGUUGGUGAUUGCCUCCAAUAUGAAGGAUCUAUAUUCGUGUGAGGAGAUGGAGGAAGUCAUCUUGGAGCUUCAUAAUAUUUUUAUCUCUGGACCAGCAGCAUCAGAUAUUCAGUUGUAUCAAUGCAAACCAUAUUUAUCUCGUUUUAUGGAAGGUUUUGGUCACAUGGAGAUGUCAGAAACUGAUAAUUGUGCAGAGAGCCGUGCUGUGUGGGAGUUGUAUCACAUGCUAUUCAGGGAGCGGAACUGGGCAUUAGUUCAUCUUGCAAUUGCAUCAUUUGGGUACUUCGCAGCCCGUACCUCAUGCAAUCAGCUAUGGAGAUUUGUGCCAUCAGAUGCAGCUCUUUCGUACGAUCUAGUGUUGGGAAAUGAAGCAAAUGAGGAGUUAUUUAUGUCCGAGUUGAAGGCAUUUCUUGAGAAGGAAGUCGCUCUUCUAUCAGUCACACCUAGUUCUGAGCAGCUUGGGUGGUUAGCAAAAGAAAGCCUGGUGCUGAAGGAAAUGGUUCAAAAGAUUACAAAUAUAUAUAGUGAGACUACAAGAUAUGAAGGAAUGGAAAUUGAUGCUGUAAACAAAUCCAACAAGAGGCAGAAGCUCCCUGAUGGAAUCAGCAAGGGAAUGGAGAUGUUGCAGAGUGGUAUCAAGGUAAUCGGUGAAGGCGUCUCCCAGUGGCAGAAAAAUUGCUUCGAGUCCUCUGAACUUCAAGAGUUCUUGACUCACUUCUCUCAUCUUGAAGAUGUGAUUACUCAAUUCGUGGGCCUGACUGGUAAUAGUUAAGUUGCACUUUCAGACAGCUUCAAGCAUGGAUAGAAUUAAAUGCCGGUAACUGGAAUGUUGAAUGAUUUCUGCAUUUUUCUGUGGUUUCGAAGACCCUCGAACUAUAAUCCUGCAAAAGUAGAAAUUUUUGAGGGAACAAUGACCAGUGCAUUCACUCACAUAUAUCGUAAUACAGAGGACACCCAAGUAGGUUUUAUGCAGUUUUUACUUUUUAUUUUUCUACAUGGUUGGGUGUUAUUCGAGUAUUUGUCAUCUGAGUAUGAAUGUUGUUAUGUAGGGCACUAGGGCCUCUGGGGAGUGUUACUUGAGGGUGUUCGUGUAAUCAUGCUUGUGUUUUUUUGACACUGCUAUUUCUGAGUAAUAGACGAGUCAUAUUAGAGUUGUGCAAA